AUGGAUGAGAGCUAUAGAAACAGGCAUCGCAUUGCUUGGGAGCAGCGCCGUGCGGCAGAAGCAGCCGAAAGGGAAGGGGCAGCAGCAGCAGCAGCAGCAUCCAGUCAGUUUCCCAAGGCGCAGGCACCCCAGCAUUCGAGAGGAGCAGCAUCGGCUGCCUCGCCCCUUUCCCCUGUCGUUUCCAGCAGUCCCCCCGUAGCGCUGGCGUCGGUGCCUCCUGGGGAGGGUGCUGCCCCUCAAUCAACAGAUGAGGAAGCGCUCAACGAGGCAGCUGCGCGGCGUCUCCAGGCUGAGUUUGACGCCUUAGAGCAAGUCCGACAGCCAGAUGCCACUUACCAGGAAUGUCUUUUGGGUGCUUCCGAGGCAGCACCCUGGGCACCUCCGUCUCAGUGGGGGGAGACUUUGGGGGAGCCUUCGUCUCCCCUCGCAGAGGAAGGGUUUAACAUCGCAGGGGGCAUGCGCGCUGCUGCAGCUGCGGCGCGAGGUCUCCUUCAGGGGGGAGUCUCCUCCUUUGGGGGUGGACUUGUCAGUGCUUCUUCAACGGAAGCGCUGACUGACGACGAACUGGCGAGGCGGCUGCAACAAGAGGAGAACAGGAGGGCGCAGAGAGCAGCAGGGAGGCCAAAAAGCGGCGCUGGCAUGCAGGGGGGAGGGCUUCUGCGCGGCGCUGUCUACUCGAUUCGUAGUACUGCUUCUUCGGUGCUCGCAUCCUCAUCUGCUGCGAAAUUCAGCCCUUCGAUUUCGGCUUUCUCUGUGCUGUGUCCAACGCAUUGCUUGCAGCUAGACGAGGAGGCGCCCCCGUCUACAGGUGCAGGAACAGGGGGGGGCCCUCUUGCUCCAACCACAGUUUCACCGCGAUCCUCAAGUCCAGACGUGGUGGAAAUACCUCCCCCGAGGCAUCCCGCCCCUGAUGUCGCAGCUGCAGCAGCGGCAGCAGGGAUUCAAGUGGAUGCAGAUGAGGCGGUACUGCAGGCUGCCAUAGCGCAGAGUCUCGUGGAGCUUUGA